AGUACUUACCAAUCCUGUACACCAUAUGAGUUGCUCUACGCGGCGUUUGCCUAUGCCUUCUACAUGAGAAAAUGUACACCCACUAUUUACUCAAGUAGGAAAAUAGACCUCCGGCCAAACCAUAGGCACGCACGGCCAUACCACAGGCGUGCAGGAGUGACAUCGGCUACGGCGUGGAUGUCCGUGCGGUGGUGCCCAAGUCAUAGGGCACGCACUUCACACAGAUGCCCCAUCAUAGGCACUAGCGUGCCCACUCACGGGCACGCAGCGGAGCAGGAGCCGGCGCCUCAGCGCAAGGAGCCUAGGCAACUGAGGAAGCCGCCGGAGAUUGCACUAAGACAGAGCGGGUGCCGCACCUGCUGCGCUUGCCUUCCCCCUGUCACGCCGGUACGCCCGAAAGCCGUAGCACUACGGCCCAGCUUGAGAAGAUCCGAGAAGCCCGCGCGCCGUCAGUGUCUCAAGCCCCCCGUCCAAGGUCGGACCGGGACGAGACCCGCGGGGGAUCGAGAAAAGCAUCCGGGCCCGCCCAGGGGGUGAGGUAGUCGCUAGGGCGCAGAGGGUGUGUUGAUGUGUUGCAAGGAAGGCGGGCGGGUGUAGCAGGUAGCGCCGGCGGGCCUGAAGGAUCGACCAAGGCAGCAAGAACGCCAGCAGCGAAGUCGGGUGGGAAGCUGGUAUCCAACGCGGCGGGGCAAAAAAGGGUGGCAAUCCCCGUCGCCCGCUUUGCUAGGUAGUGCCACGCCAUAGGCCACAGCCCUAGCCGCCACACCAAGGCGUAACGGAAGAGAGCGGAGCCCCGGCAACACAGGACCCGGGACAAGCAUAGCCCAAACCCCCGGGCGCUUGUUAAAGCACGCAAUAACCGAGCCACAAUACCGGGCCCCAUUGCAAAGCCAGUGCGAGCGGGCCGCCCGGUCCAGCACCUCGCCAUGGGUGUGGGGGGUCUUCAGUAGUCAAGCAGGACAUAUCACUGAGCCCCGGCGAGUAAGGCCACGACGGCAGGAUAGGAUACAGCACUGCAGUGUUGUCCUGCACCCCCCCCGUGUAUGCAGGUCCCAUGCCUGGUGAUCCUGGUGCGGCAACUGGGGAAACGCCUAAGGGAUCUUGGUCCGGCAGCAUCCAUACUGUACACCAUUAACCUAGAGUAGUAGAAGUAGGAAAAUAGGAAAAUUCAUACGGUGUGAAGAAGAAGAGUUCGUCUCGACGGUCAGGGUGCAUGCUUUAGUGCACUUUGAUGAAACCACACGAGAAUACUAUACUAUACUUCUAAAAUGGGAAUUCAACCUCCUGUGAAGGCCGUCGCCUGAGGAGAUCUCCCGGUCGUAACGUGGGGAGAAGCAGGCCGCAUGCUUAUCAGGGAAGCGGUUAGUAGAUCUGGUAGGUUGAAAGAGUGACCCCAGUGAAUGAGGGCCGCCGCCUCUCAUGAUGUCACCUAGUACGUAGACCAUAUUUACGCACAGGCCCUGUUGUUCUGCGGAGAGCAGCAAGCAGCUCCCUGGCCCAUGCGCUUGCGCUGCUGCGCAGGCUCGCAACAAAAAGGCAGGCCGCCGCUGUGCUGUUUGUUGCCUGCCACUCAGGUGCCGCGGCUGCACCUCGCGCGUCCGCGGGACGCGACCGGGCAGCAAGCCGAGUGGCACCGCCGACGAGCGCAGCUGCGCUACCGUUAGGGGAGCGCAGCCACCCAGAUGGCUGGCCACCCCACCCUCUCGGAUGCCGCCCCUUAUCCGAGCUCGGCCAAGCCCAUACCGAGAAGUAUAGCGCCGACCGUUGAUAGUGCGCGGCCACCCGGUUGGUCGGUACUAUGAAGAGCGCGCCACGACAGGCGAGCCCUGUGGCACCACUGAAACGGCCACACAGCAACACACUGACGGCGCACAACCGCCCACGAGUUGAGCGCCCCCAGACAUGCAAGUGCUUGCUGUGGCUGCGCAGUGCAAUUCCAAAUCGGACGAAAAUCAACGGCAGUCGUGGGGAGGUGUUGGUGUUCGCGAGGCACUACGUCCGACGCGCCUCCGAGCCGUGGGGGCGGCCCUAGGGAUAGGAGAGAGGGACCGAGAGUGCACCUGCUCCGGGUGCGGGAGAUCCUGGCGAGACAGAUCCCACAAUGCACUGAGAUCCAUUGGGACCCUUGUACGUACGGUGUUUGUGCACAGCGAUCGUUCUUGCCUGUGGCUUCGAUAAUAAUAAUAAAAUGGGAAUUCAAUACAAAAUGGGAAAUUUCGUACUUCAUUUACACUCUCAGCGACAAUUCUAUUCGAUGCAUUUCUAGUUGUAAGAUUUUGUCAGACCUCGAUUAUGGGCUCCUCCACCUCUUGCGGCUCAGCUCUUGCGGCCUAAGCAAGUCCGAGUUUUGUAGAGGUGGAGUUUAUUGAUAUUGUUGCAGCUACCAUAGAAGUGUUUGAUGUGGGGGCGAAUAUAAACCAAUAAUGCAACAUUUUCCGCAUAGAGGAUUGGCGCUGAAUGCGCACUAGGGCUUAUUCGAAACUGCUACUAUACUACAGUGGAGCUGCUGCAGUUGUUGACAACUUGACAGCAGCAUCAUAUCAUGCCGGCAGUUGUGUAGAUAAGUCCGUGCUGAAAGACCGUUACUUGAAAAACAAAAAUGUACUAAAAAUCAAAUCUGCGACCAGCACGUCAACUUGAUUUCUUUGGUAAAAAACAGUUGGUGCGAGAAGGGCGACUGUGCCACCGCUGCGACUAC